GCUGGGGGCGGGAGGGCUGGCGGAGGGGGGCCUGGUUCCUUCUCGCCGGAGCUAUAUAGCGCACCGAGCGGUGGGAAAAUGCUCACUCUCAGGGGCGAGGUGCUGCGCUCUGGCACAGCCGCAAGGGAAAGGGGGCGGCAGGUAGGGCUGGGACGGGGCGCGCGCAAUCCGGCAGGAGUCCCUCAGCCUCUUCCAUUCCCAACCCCGCGAGCUGUGAAGGUGGCAGCGUGACGCCCCUGUGCCUCAGCCUAGCGGGGAAAGAAGCCCCGGGCUAGCACCAGUGACCAGGCGCGUGGCGGUGCCUGCUCUGCGGAAACUUGCUCUCUGGGAAACUUGCUGGCUUCCUCUCCAAGGGUGCCGCCGCCUUGGGCUUCGCUUGCCCCCGGGAGUCAGCUGUGGUUAGGUAGCGGCAGGGCGCUGGGAUUUGCCUCUCCUUUCGCGACUGUCUUCCCUGCCCGUAGCAAGAGAGCAGCCGCGGCGGACUUACUGGGCACGCAGGGAGCCUGAGGAAGAGGCGUGGAGGCUCUUCUCGCUCUCGGGCAGCCGCCGAGGUCCUCCCAGCCAGGUACCCGCAGGCGGGGUGACACUCAGGCUUGGCCAGCGCUAGGUGUCUGUUGCCUUCCGUGUUCCUCAGAGUAGACGCUCGCCCGACAGGCAGAGAGGGAGGUUUUCGGUUCCUGACUACGCUCUGGCGCUCUGCUGCUCACUGAAUUGUUGAGGCGCUCCCAGGAGUUCUGUGGUCACCCCUCGGUGCACGCUGGUGAACGGGCCACCCACCCCACCCCACCCCACCUCACCCCCGCCGGUUGCCGCUGCUCAGUCGCCGCCUCCGCCCCGGCUUCCGAAGGGAGCCGCAGCCAUGAACAUCAUCCUGGAGUUCUUCGUCGUCACCUUCAAGGUCCUCUGGGCGUUCGUGGUGGCCGCCGCCAAGUGGCUCAUGCGCCCCAAGGAGAAGAGUGUGGCCGGGCAGGUGUGCCUCAUCACCGGCGCUGGCAGUGGGCUCGGCCGGCUAUUCGCUCUGGAGUUUGCCCGCCGCCGGGCGCGCUUGGUGCUGUGGGACAUCAACACUCAGAGCAACGAGGAGACGGCCGGCAUGGUGCGGCACAUCUACCGAGAGAUCUCGGAAGAAGAGGUCGUGGCUGCUCAGAAAGCUGGGCAUGGUGAAGAAGUGCUACCUCAUUACAACUUGCAAGUUCAUACAUAUACUUGUGAUGUGAGCAAAAGAGAAAAUGUCUACACAACUGCUGAGAGAGUCCGCAAGGAAGUUGGUGAAGUCUCGGUCCUGGUUAAUAAUGCUGGUGUGGUCUCUGGGCAUCAUCUCCUGGAAUGCCCUGAUGAGCUUAUCGAGAGGACCAUGAUGGUUAACUGCCAUGCACACUUCUGGACCACAAAAGCAUUCCUUCCCAAAAUGCUGGAAUUGAAUCAUGGACACAUUGUGACUGUUGCAAGUUCCCUCGGCCUGUUCAGCACUGCUGGAGUGGAGGAUUAUUGUGCUAGCAAAUUUGGAGCUGUGGGUUUUCAUGAAUCUCUGAGCCAUGAACUGAAGGCAGCGGAAAAGGAUGGCAUUAAAACAACAUUGGUCUGUCCUUACCUUGUAGACACAGGAAUGUUCAGAGGAUGCAGAAUUAGAAAAGAAAUUGAACCAUUCCUUCCACCUCUGAAACCAGAUUACUGUGUAAAGCAAGCUAUGAGAGCUAUACUUACAGAUCAACCUAUGAUUUGUACACCUCGCCUGAUGUAUAUGGUCACCUUCAUGAAAAGCAUCCUGCCUUUUGAAGCAGUUGUGUGCAUGUACCGAUUCUUGGGAGCUGACAAAUGUAUGUACCCAUUCAUUGCUCAGCGAAAACAGGCCACAAAUAACAAUGAAGCAAAAAAUGGAAUUUAACCUUCUACAAAAGACUGAUAUUUGUAGCUGAAUUAUGAUCAAAACACGACUGAAUUGUGAAGUGCACUUGCAUUUAGCUGAUGCAAUUAACAUUUUACUGUGGCAUUCUCUUGGAUCCUAUACUUGUAUAGUGAACAGAAAAUCAAUGUUUUUACAUAUUGUGUAUAUAAAGUAAUUAGAGUACUUGGAAACCAUGACAGGCAAAGUGAAUUUAUAAAAUGUAGUAGUCUCCCUUGUCCUUUUGGAAUUUUACUAAAUGUACAGUAAUGUUAGCCUUGCUACUAUUUUGUAGAGAGAAAUGACAAGAUUUGCUCCUGAGGCGGUCAUUCAACUAAAAGAUUAAGUUGUUCAGCAACUGUUAACUUUUCUGUAGGAUUUUGUGGGUGUUCCGGGGAUUUACUCAGUCUUUGAGGAACAGCUAGAUUUUAAUAACAUUCUGUGUAACAGUUACAUAUACUGAAUCCUAAAUCUUCAAAAGAAAAAUUGAUUUUAGGAACUUCUCAGAAUGAAGUUAUAUAGGACAUUUGCCUCUGUUAUUGAGAUACAAUCUGUGACUAACCUUCAAGCCAGUAGUUCUUAAAGCUAACACUUUUUGUACUUGGGGUGGCAGAUAUGUAUCUAAAUUAAACUAUGUAAUCUUAUUUUUCAUGGGGAAACUUGAUUUCUCCUCAUCUCACUCCGGAGCUGUGUACUAUAUUUCUUUACUCAAAGCAAACUAGCUAAGAGAAGCAAAAAGGUUAUGAGUUCUCAUGCCAACUAAUUGUGCAGAUUAAAUAAAGCUGAAUGCAACUUGAAUGUUGGAGAAUGGAAAGGAUGUAAACUUUUUUUUAAAUGUAUUCGCAUUGUAGAACAGAGUGACAUUUUUACAGUAUUUUUUUUGUAAAAACAAUUUUGUGCCUUGAAUUUGGUAAUCUGUAUUAGUGAAAUAUUGUAAAGGUGAACUUCUACCUCUAUAUCUAAAUGUAUACCAUCCACUUGUAAAUUACUAUAAUAUGAAUCCUGUGACUUUUUUUAGAAUGUCAUGUUAAAUAGUGACCAACUUCUGUGGUUUAUUAAAGUGAGCCACCUUGUUCUUGAAAUAAGACAAAAA